AUGAGCGGGGGCGUCCCGAAGCGAGCCCAGUGGGCAGAUGACACCGACUCCGACGUGGACGAGGUCAUUGCGAUGCCGAUUUUCAACAACGCAGCAUCCAGCAGUUCGUGGACGCCAUGCAAACGGGGAGGGUGGAGGGGGUUCCGUGCCACGGACCCCCCUCUGCCCGUUUGCGUGGAGUCCGCGAGCUGGUGGAUGUCCCGUUGUUGGAAAGCCUCCGUCACAAUGAGCUGGUGUGCGGGACUUGGUCCGGGGACUUGCCGGUUCGACGACCACGUGACGGGCAUCACGCCAGGGUCGUCGCGAAAGGCAGUCGCCGCCGUGGGCACCAAGAGCAGCGGCAAGAAGGGCAUGACCUCCUGGGCCGACAGCGACACCGAGAGUGACGUGGACAACGCCGGCCCUCCGCCUAAGAAGCUGGAUGCCUUCGGGGAGAGCGAGAGCGAGAGUGAGAGCGAGUCAGAGGACGAGAGCGAGGAUGAUGAGGAGGAGCCGCCAGCCAACACGGGAGUUGUAGGGAGCGCAGCCGUAGCCGGAGAGGAGGAGCCGGAGAGCGCGGCCGUUACAGGGGAUGAUGCUACCAAGGUCCUCAAUCUAUCUAAGAAGGAACGGAAGGCGCUCAAGCAGAAGGAGCUUGAUGACCUGGAUGCGCUGCUCGGGGAGUUCGGGGUUGACGUGGCACCAGAAGAGCCUGCGACAGAAGCAAACGGCUCGGCUGCAGCCGCAGCGGGGGGGGGGGACGCGGGGGCUGACGUAGCAGCAGCAGCAGCAGCAGGGGCGGUGGCGGGGGAGGGAGGGGAAGGGGCGGGGGGCAAGAAAAAAAAAAAAAAGAAAAAAGGCGCCGCUGCCGCCGACAAGAAGACGGGGGCGGCGGGGGAAGGCGAGGGGGACGGGGGCGCCUUAGCCGCUGGCGACAAGGGACGAGGGGAAGAGCCACCGGUGGUGGUGAUCCAGCCCAUCACAGCAGCGUUGAAGAAAAAGGGGAAAAAGAAGUCUUCCGCGGGCGGCGGAGCCAACCACGGCGCGGCGGCGUUGAAGGCUGCCAAGGAGGCUGCCGAGAAGGAGGGGAAGAAGAAGAAGAAGAGGGACAAGAAAAACUUCAACCAGGCCCCCCCCGGCAAGUAG